AUGGCCAUCACCUUUUGGAUUACGGCAACGUUGGUGGCAACAUGGCUCAUUUAUCGGUUUAUCCGUUUACGGACGCUCAACAAUGUGGAACUGAAUCGGCAGCGUAUACUGGGAUCGCUCGGCAACCCAUCUCUUGACACUGAACCUAUUUUCCUCGGCUUUUUCCACCCAUACUGCAAUGCAGGAGGUGGUGGUGAACGCGUCUUGUGGACAGCUAUUCGCGACGUUCAAAAGGAGUUUCCUCACGUUAUUUGCGUUGUGUACACUGGCGAUACCGAUGCUACCAAGGAGCAAAUGCUUUUCAAAGCAAAGGACAAUUUCGGUAUUGACAUCAAUCCUCGAACAUUAGCGAUUGUCCCCUUGUAUACACGAUACCUUGUUGAGGAUGAUCGUUAUCCUCGAUUCACGUUGAUUAUGCAAAGUCUGGCAUCCAUGGUGAUGGGUUAUGAGGCAAUCAGUCGAUUGGUGCCUGAUCUUUUCUUUGAUACCAUGGGCUAUGCUUUCACAUAUCCAGUUGUUCAUUACCUUUCACAUGUCAAAAUUGCAGCCUAUGUCCAUUAUCCAACCGUCAGCUCAGAUAUGUUACAACGUGUGUAUGAGCGCCGUGGCCAAUACAACAACGACGAAAGACUAGCACAGAAUGCUAUAUGGAGCACUGGUAAAAUGAUUUAUUACCGCAUCUUUGCACGCAUUUAUAGCUGGUGUGGAUCGUUUGCCGAGGUUGUGAUGGUGAAUUCAUCGUGGACAAAGGGACACAUUGACAGUCUUUGGCGCACCGACGCCGAUAUUGUGUAUCCACCAUGUGAUACGGAUCGCUUGAACGAGUACAGCCUUGAGGGUCGUAAACAAAAGAUCGUUAGUGUGGCUCAAUUCAGACCAGAGAAAGAUCAUUCAAUGCAAAUCAAGGCAUUAGCUAAACUCUUGGAGAAGCAUCCUGAAUGGAGAGAUACGCCUGAUUUUGAGUUGGUUCUCAUUGGAAGUGCACGCAAUGAAGGAGAUGAAAAUCGAAUCAAGAAUCUACAGCAAGAAGCCAAAGAUUUGGGAGUACAGGACUAUGUACGAUUUGAAGUGAAUGCGGCGUUUGAUGUACUUGUUUCCAAUUUAACCACGUCCAAGGUUGGCUUCCAUACAAUGUGGAAUGAGCAUUUUGGUAUUGUCGUUGUUGAAUACAUGGCAGCAGGAUUGAUCCCCGUAGCCCACAAAUCAGCAGGACCAAAGUUGGAUAUUGUCACUGAAUAUGAUGGAAAGCGGACUGGAUACUUGGCCAAUACUGUUGAUACGUUUGCCGAUUGUUUGCAUGAAGCACUCUCGUUAUCGGAUCAAGAAUACAAGGCAAUGGCAUCCAAUGCUCGAGCAUCAGCGUCGGAUAAGUUUACUGAAGUCGCCUUUAAUCGAGAUUUAAUGCGCCCCUUACGAAGAUAUCUCACAUGA